AACAAUAUUUUUCUACACACGCUUGUGAUACUUGAUUUUGAUACUUGAUUUUGAUACCCAGCUCAGAUUCCGCUGCACCCCAAGUGAGGUGUCAUGGCAUCAUAUAAUGAGCAUGUCCUUGUAGAGCGAAAGAGCAUUGAAAGCGAUGCACGUGAAAUAGGUCUGGAAGCUGCAUCGCCGAGUCCGGGGAAUGGGUAUGGAGAUACUCAAAAUGAUCUCUCAGAUAUGCAAAGAUUAGGCAAGAAGCAGGAAUUUAAGGUAUGUAAAUUAUAGAACAGUUGGCUUCAACAGUGACGAGCAAAUUAAUUGAAUUGUAGAGAAAUUUUAAUCUGCUAUCGACCCUGGGGUUCAUCUCAAUUUACAUGGCAACAUGGGAGUUUGUUCUCGUGUUCGUGUUUCACAUAUCCAUUCUCAAUGAGACAAUCCUUCUUACGAGAGUACAGGUCACUGAGUGUAGGGUUGACCAAUGGAGGGUUUGCUGGAUUGUUCUGGGUGUUCAUUGGAACUGUAAUAUGCUACUCGCCUAUUGUGGCAUCACUGGCUGAAAUGGAGUCAAUGGCUCCUACGAGCGGUGGUAAAGAUACCCAAAUCCGAUUUUCCUAUCCGCGAGCAAUGAUUUAAUACAUUCACAGGUCAAUACCACUGGGUUUCCGAGUUCUCCCCUCCCAAGUACCAAAAGUUCAUGAGCUACACUGCUGGUGACGAUAUCCCUCUCCUACUCUCCUUCUCCUUAAACCUUUGCAUUUCACUAAUUACACCACACAGGCUGGAUGUCGAGUCUCGGUUGGACUGCCAGUUUCGCCAGCAGCGUCUUUAUCCUCACCACUCUCGUCGAAGCAAUUAUUGAUAUCCGAAAUGCAGGCUUUUCGUUUGCACCAUGGCAAUACACACUAAUUAUGAUAGCUUAUCUGUUGAUCACCAUCGGCUUUAAUACCUGGGGCGCAAAACUCCUGCCAAUGAUUGAAACGACUUCGUUGUUUGGGCAUUUAGCUGGAUUUCUAGUGACUAUUAUCCCGUUGUGGAUUAUGGCACCGAAGAAUUCGGCAAGGACUGUGUUUUUGGAUGUGGUUAAUAAUGGGGGAUGGAGUAAUACCAGCACGAGUUGUUUGAUUGCGCAAGUUAGCGUGCUAUAUUGUAAUAUUGGUGAGUCAUUAAUGUGUCGGUCUGUCGGACUAUGUUGAGGUUCGUGGCUAACGGGAUGAAAACAUGUAGGAUCGGAUAGUGCGGUACAUAUCUGUGAGUGACCUUUUCCCUCAAAUGAUAUAACCACGAAGUACUCACAGUGCACCAGCUGAAGAAGUAGAAGAUGCAUCGGUUAAUGUCCCGCGUGCUAUGUGGUGGAGCUAUAUCCUCAACGUUGUAUUAGGAUUUAUCAUGCUAAUCACAAUGGUCUUCUGCAUCGGGCCGCUCGAUGCAGCCAUCGCAUCGCCAGCCCCUUGUCUGAGGUUAUUUUUGAACACUGGGUCUGAUGCCAUGGCUACAACACUCAUGAUCAUUCUGCUCAUCCUUGUGUUUUCUGGAAAUAUCACGGCAUUGGCUACGACGAGUAGAGAAUUGUGGGCUUUUUCAAGGGAUAAGGGGUUUCCAUUUUCAACUUGGAUUUCAAGGGUAGGAUUCUAGUCUUUCUAUUUCUACCCUUACAUGAUGAUCACCUUGAUCCGACACCCCGUCUUUCAAAAUAAUCCCUGACCACAUUUAGAUGAACCACGCUCUCAACGUCCCCCCGAACGCCAUCUAUCUCACCUCCAUCCUCACCAUCCUCCUCUGCCUCAUAAACCUCGGUUCUUCCUUCGCCUUCCACAUCAUCAUUUCGCUCUCACUCCUUGCCCUCCUCUCUACAUACAUGAUGUCCAUCGGAUGCGUGCUCUUGAAACGUAUUAAGGGUGAACUGUUGCCACCCGCACGAUGGAGUCUAGGACGCUUUGGAUUACCCAUUAAUGCUUUUGCGUUUGCGUAUAGUGGGUUCGUCAUGGUGUGGAGUUGUUUUCCUAGUGAGGCGCCGGUCACCGUGAAGAAUGCUAAUGUGAGUUUCUGUUAUGGGCUUCAGGAUGCAAGAUGAUAAUAGAUGGGCUAAUGAUUCUUAGUGGGCACCGGCUGUUUGGCUUGUUGUUAUUGUUGUUGCUGGAUUGAUAUAUGUUGUGCAUGGGAAGAAACAUUAUACGCCACCAGUAGUGUUUGUAGAGGGCAGAAGAGCUAGUGAUAGAUUGCAAGUGAAUUAGAAUAUGGAAUGGGUGGUUUUGUAUAUUUUGCUCGUGAUUCUUGUUCAUAUUUUUCACAAAGGUAGCUGUACAAGAAUGAGAAUGUCUUCCUUG